AUGUCAUUCCUCAGAAAGAUCGUGCACAAUGAUGCGGUCAAGUUGGACCCUCCAGAGGUCUACAACUGGAGAGUCUUCGCUUUGGCAGCAGCCGCCUGUUUUGGAGGCACGCUCUUUGGCAUGGAUAUUGGUAUCAUCGGCGGGGUGUUGACGCUGCCCGACUUCAAAGAUGAAUUCGGACUCUCCAACAAGUCGAAGAUCGCCCAGUCCAACCUCUCAGCGAACUUGGUAUCAGUCAUGCAGGCAGGCGCCAUUGUUGGAGCGCUCGCCGCCAAUCCAUUGGCCGACAGAUGGGGUCGGAAGAUUACCAUUUAUACCGUUGCGUCGUUCGCUUUCGUCGGUGGCCUUCUUCAGGCUCUGUCAUAUGGCCAUCUAACUUGCUUCUAUAUCGGACGCUUUGUUGAAGGACUGGGCCUUGGGGGAGCGACUAUGUGUGCCCCGACGUACGUCGCUGAGAAUGCUCCUCGUGGUAUUCGAGGUCUGCUUGUGGGAUUCUAUCAACUUUUCGAAACAAUGGGUGCCAUGGUGGCCUUCUUCAUCAACUACGGCAGCCUCCUCCACUUGAAAGGUCAUGCCACAUGGAUAGUCCCACUGUCGAUGCAGUCCCUGCCUCCGUUCCUCCUCUUUGUUUGCAUUAUCUUCUGUCCCGAGAGUCCUCGGUGGCUUGCUUCCCAAGACCACUGGGACGAGGCCUCCAGAGUUCUUUCCACAGUUCGAAAUCUACCGGCCACGCACCCAUACGUCCAAGCCGAACUUCUCGAAAUGCAGACUCAGCUGGAGGCCGAGAGGGGCCGUGCCGGAGGCAACAGUUACUGGGCGUUGACAAAGGAGGCGUGGACGAUUCCCGGAAACCGCAGACGCGCGAUCAUGGCGAUCGCCCUUAUGACCGCUCAACAAUGGACUGGAACUAAUGCCAUCAACUACUACGCGCCGACCAUCUUCACCGAUCUCGGCGUCACCGGCAACACACAGAGCCUGUUCGCUACUGGGGUCUAUGGCAUAGUCAAAAUGAGCUCCUGCGCCAUCUUCAUUACGUUUCUUGCCGACACCCUCGGGCGCAGAUGGUCACUGGUCUGGACGGGGCUCUUCAUGUGGUUCUGCAUGUUCUAUCUGGGCUUCUUCGUCCGAUUUGACGCCCCCAAGAAAGGUGCUCCUAUCUCUGGUGCGGGAUAUGCUGCGUUGGUCAUGGUCUACCUCUAUGCGGCAGCCUUCCAAUUUGGCUGGGGUCCCGUUUGCUGGAUCUAUUCGUCUGAAAUCAGCACUCAGCGGCUCCGAGGAUUGAUCGUGUCGUAUGCUGCGGCAACACAAUGGGUGUUCAACCUAGCUGUUGCUCGAGCCACCCCCGUGAUGUUGGACACCGUGGGUGCAGGCGGAUACGGCACAUACUUUAUAUACGGGUGCUUCUGCUUCACGAUCGCCAUCGGCGCAUAUUUCUUGGUGCCGGAGACCAAAGGGAUUUCCUUGGAACGAAUGGAUGAGCUGUUCGGAAUGACCGACUUCAGCGGAAUCGAGGAUGUCGGAGUGGCCUCCCAUAAGCAUGAUGUCGAGGCCAUCCACGUCGAGGCCAAGUGA